UACUGCGAAGUAUUGAAAUGCACGACUCGAAUAAUUGCGACGAAUGUAACAAUAUUUGUAUUGAAAAAUAACUUUGCAUGAUAAUGCAUGCAUAUACCUGCAUCUCAAAUAAUUUGUUAUGUCGGACGAUGUAUGAAUUAUUGAAGCGACUCUAAUAGAGAAAUAUUAAAUAUAAUCGUUGUACAUACUUUUCACGGGGUAACUCUUACUCUAUUAUAGGGACUGAACCGCCUCUUAUCUGCAGUCCCACUCUGCCAAGGCAAUAGUAAGAAUAGCGUUGAUAAGAAUCGCUUGGAUGGUCUAGUGGUUUAUCAGUGUUCUAGCUAUCGGGCGAUUCACAGCUUUAGUCGAUCUAAUAUCGGAACAUAUUACACGCAGCUACGAUCGACUUGGAUGUCUUGCAGGUGCUGGCAUGGUGGUAAUUACUGUCGAGCUGGGCGUGCGUACUAAUUACAGGCAUUAGGUAAUCACCUGUGUGAAACGAGCCGCGGGACAUUUUACUUUCAUUCUCGUACUCUGUUCGAAUAUAUAUGAAAAUUAUACAAUUUUCUUACAGGGUAUUAUUACAAAGCGUAAUAAUUAAUAACAGGUCUUUUCUAUCGCUCAUCAUGAAACGUUAACCGGAAAUAGGCGCGCGAUGAGUGCGUAAUAUUUUGUUAUCGGUUAUUUUAUCUAUUUAAUCCUACUUUCCGACGAUUAUCGCGCUUAUCUUCGCAUCGGCAGAUAACAUGUGUGCGCGUGCAUCCAAUUUAACUCUUAAAAGUCCACUUCUACCUCCUCGCGAUGACCUCCUUUCGGUCGUACAUCUCUCUGUACGCGCGCCGAGUUCACUUGAAUUUCUACGAGACUCGGCUGCGUUCGAAGAUAUUGAUCGACAUCAUUACUCGAACGUUUUUAUUGCCACGUGUGGCGCAUCGUUUCAGGGAUAUUCUGAAUUAUAUACAUUAGAUCGAAAGAUGCAGGCAGCACCGCCUCUGCUGUCGCUCCUCCUGAUUCUCCUUCAUCAUUCAGGAUGGACCCACGGACUUUGCAAGCUGGAGAACAGCACCGUAGCGUGGUGCGACGUGCUGGAGGAUCUCGGGCAGAUCGAGACGUAUCAUCUGGAGACACUGACGGCUCCAACCGCACAAGACACUCUAAUCCCAGAUCUCUUCGACAAUCUGACCAGCCUUAGGCAUCUCGAUAUGUCUGGUGGCUAUUUAAAAACGAUCGAACCAGGAAGUUUUCGAGCUCUAAGUAAUCUGAGAAGUCUCGAUCUCAGCAAUAACCAUAUCGAGUAUCUGGAAUUAGCUUCCCUGGAGGGCCUGACCGAUCUGCGAAAGCUGAAUUUGCGAAAGAACGCCAUUCGACAACUGCCACCGGCGCUGGCGCGUCUAAAGCAUCUCAGGCACCUAGACAUCAACGAUAAUCCGCUUGAUUGCAACUGCGCUACCCUUAAAGUACGGGAUCUUAUCGUGCAGAGAAAGGUAUCUGUGUCAAAGAAGGUUUUGUGCGCAGAUCCCAGCAACUUGAAAGGCACGUCGCUGAUGAAGCCGAACGCGGCGAUCGUUUGCAGCUUCGAACAGCAGGAUCGCGAGAUGCAGAACGAUCAGGUGGUGGAAGGAUCCGGGACAUAUUCGGGAUCCGGAGAUGAUAUUCUGAAUGAGUUUAAUAGUGAGGAGGAAGAGAACGAGCAUAGCGUAGGAACCAACGGCAACUCGUCGGAGAAGCCUGAAGUAGAGACACCUUCCCCAAUUGAAACGAUAAGUUCUUCGACAGGAUCUUCCGUGAUUGAACCCACCAUCUCCUCGCAGGAGUCAAUCACGGUUGUGGAGGAGACUACCGGCGUUACAACGAAUUCUUUGCAAAGUACCGUCGAGGACGAGGAUAUCUUCUUCGACAGCGAAGAGAGAAAGGAACCAAUGUCCACGACCGAAAUGUCGAGGAAGAAGGAGGACUUUAAGGACGCCCUGUUUUACCCGUCGGAAGGAUCCGGCGACGGGGAUGAAGAUGGUUCCGGCGAAGGAUCCGGAAUUAUUUUGUCGCGUUUUGGUGAGGAAAAGACUGAGAAGGACAGCGCUAAUGAAGAAUCAUCAUCGUCUCUCGCCGGAACUUUAUGGGAUAUAUUAUUUGGUUCCUCGGCAACCACUGCGAUUCCAUCAGAGACCAAGGAUCUGGAUCUCGAACAAGAGGAAUUUAUAAACGCAUCAUCUACUAAGCUAGCUACUGAAGAGUCGAUUGCGUCGAGUAAAAAUCCUCCAACCGAGUCCGACAUCGAUAAAUUUUCUACCGAAACGACCGCGAUUACCAACAAUGUGGAAGUGUUGAAAUCCACUGACAAAUCGAAAUCAGGUAAUGUCAAGGCCGAAGUAAACAGUCUGAAUGACGAACAAGCUGAAGUAUCUCCGGCCAAGCAGUCCAAGAAGGGCAUGGGCUCGUACAUCGUUUUGGCGAUUCUACUCCUCGUCGUGGCAGUGCUGAUCGGUUUUGCCGCAUACAGAGGCGAUAUGUGCAGAAAGAAGAGGAAACGAGGCGACGUGGAGAACGGCACCGAGCUGAGGGAUAUGCAAAAAUCUCUUCUCCCGGACACCGGAAAUUUGACCCAACCGAAGAUUGCCUCCAAUGGAAAUCCUGAAAACAUUCCUCUCGUGGAAGGCACUUCCGAUGGUGACGACGCGAAAAUCGAUAAAAUUCAAAACGAUCAUCAUCCAAUUCAAGAAACGCCGCGAUCUCUCAAUGGCACUGCCGAUCAUAUGGAUCCCGUGAAACCACCCCGAAAGUUGAUUAACUCGCAGGACGAUCAGAAGAGUGAAGAUAGACCUCGCGUGGACGUAAACUCCUUGAGGGAGAACUUUCUGGCGGGUAGGACGAGCCCCGCACAGCCAUCCGAUUCAUCGUUAGCGACGAACAAUGGGCCAAAGGCGCAUAUCUCGGAGGCCAACGGACCACCGCUCAGUCCCGGGGCUCAAAGAGUGAAGAUUACCCUGCAAGAGAAUCCCGACAGUGUGCCAAAGACGCCCGUACUCAUCACGCGAACAAUGGCCGGUGAGAAUCUAGUCAAGACGCCAUGAAGCAGUGUUCUGAGAAGAAUCUACGCGACAUAACGGACGUUAUGUCGAUCGACCGACGCGUUUGUCUGUCGAACGGAGGAAAAAUCGGAAGGACGAAUGUGUAGCGCGAGAGAAGAGAGCUUUUCGACGAAUCUGUCGUAAUUUAUAACACCUGUUGUUCCUAAACCUACAUGUAGAGAGGCCUUUUCGCGAUGAAUUUUCGUGAUAAAAAAGAUUACCAAGUCAAAGAUCAUGUUUACAUAUACACAUAUAUACACACGCCGACAGUAAUAAGAGACACUAUUGUUUACAGGAAGCUGAAGGUGUGCGAUAAACGGUUGAGGUAUAGGUGCGAUCUCUCUCUCUCUCUCUCUCUCUCUCGAGCCGUUUCGUUGAAUUAUCGGUUGCACGAAAUGGCUAUAUGUAUAUAUUUGCUAUGCCAUAUAGGAUAUUUCAGAUAUCGCAUUUUUCUUUUUUUUUUAUUUAUGAUAUCAUAUUGUCUAAACAUUCUUUAAAAUUAAACCUCAAACACAAAUCUUUUAAACUCGAAUAAAAAAUUUGUUCGAAUAAAAUCUAAUUGAAAAAUUAAAAUAAAUUUGUUCUUUUUUUUAAUCUAAUUAUACAUUCUUAAUGAUUAACUAUCGAAGUCCUGCAAUUUUCAAUAUUAAAUUUAUUAACUGUCACACAACUGUCAUUUCUUUCAAUUUUAUUGAGAAGAAAUGCACAAUAUCUAUAACACUUUACAUUAACAUCAUACGUAGAAAUCCACGAGUGAAAUAACACGUUCGAGAUUAACACCACAGUACACUAGUCAGUUUUCCUGACAGAUCUCGUGCGUCCUGUGAGCGAGGACCUCGAGUACAUAUGUAUAUAUCCCGCGGUAUAUUUGUCGUCGCGUGAGAUUGCAUCGCGAGGAUCCUUAAAUUAAUCGAAGAGCGAUAGUAUUCGCUGCAUGUCAGUGAAUCGGGAGCAUUCCAGUUUGCUGCCAUAUAUUUUUCUACGUAGCUUCGAAAGAUUUUACACUCCAUUGGCCUUAUGCCGUCCUUUUAUCGAGCCACAGAUUAUUUUUCAACCGGACAACGCGUACCUCGUAGUUUUAGCGCGGUGUUUUAAGUGUACACUGUUUACGCGAUUGAAUUUGUAAUUCAAUGAGAGGCGGAGUUUGUCAAUUAUAAAUAAUGACUUUCGAAUCGGCUUAUGACAGUCAGAGUGUGAAUGCUUGAUGAACGAUUCGUGUUACUACAGUUAACGUUAUGUAAGACUCGUUAUUCAUGUCACAGAAAAUAUAUACGUAAUAAUCCUGUUAUUAUAUUAUUCCUUAUAGUGGAUACUGCGAUCCCCUCCCGCGAAAUGAUUCCUUGAAGACCUUAUGGAAGGCCUUCCAGGAAGGCAGCACUUGAAUUUUUGUACGCAUUAACAUAUUUAUUUGUUGUGCAAAUUAAUGCGGGGAUCUACGAAAGAGACAGACCGACUUCGCGUAUAAGUACGACGGCAGUCCAUGGACGUUGAUCGCGUGAUUAUCAGUUAAGCGGACACGUCAUAUGGUUGUGCGCGGAGUGACAAAGCGCCACAAUGUGUUAUCAUAUUAUCAUAAUCGACCAUUUUAUUAUUCUAACGUACGAUUCUUUAAGCCAAAUGUGUCGAACGCUGUGUACGGCGUAUAUGAUUUAAUUCUUAAGAUAUAGCGCGCGGAUACCGUUAAAUCGAUAUUUGUCCCAACGAUACGCGCUGUUGAAUUUAAUUAAGGGAAUAGCGAUAAAACGAACGGCUCAGUGAAGAUUGAAAGACUUUAUUUAUAUGUUCAAUCUUUGAUCAAAAUAAAAGAAAGUGUUAUUUUGUUGA